AUGAUCAUUCCACAAGAUAUUUCCACGUUCGGCAAUGUGCGGCUGGCGGUGGCCUUGCCAAUAGUUCUCCUUGGUUUGAUAUGCAUCCGCCUCAUCUCGAGAGUCGUCUACAAUGUCUACUUCCACCCACUCCGCCAUUACCCGGGCCCAAAAGCCUACGCGGCGACUCGCAUCCCGCUCACACGGAUGAUCACCAGCGGCAAGGCGCACAAGAAAAUCGCCGAGCUGCACGCGCAAUACGGCCCCGUCGUCCGCCUCGGCCCGGACACCAUCGACUGGGCCGACCCGCGCGCGUUCAAGGACCUCAUGGGCCACAGCAAGGGCGGCGGCGGCGGGGGGGAGAACUACAGGGACCCCAUCAACGCCCAGUACAGGCCGCACAGCAUCAUCAACGCCAACCGCGAGGACCACGCCCGCAUCCGCCGUGUGCUCGCGCACGGCUUCUCCGCCCAGAGCAUGGUCGACCAGCAGCCCCUGAUCCAGACCCAGAUCGACCUGCUGAUCCAGCGCCUGCACGAGAACUGCGAGGACGGCGGCAAGGCUCUCAACAUGGUUGCCUGGUUCAACUACACGACGUUUGACAUCAUCGGGGAUCUGGCCUUCGGGGAGCCCUUCGGCUGCCUCGAGAAGUCGGAUUACCACCCGUGGGUGUCGUCCAUCUUCGACAACAUCCACGCCAGCGUGUACAGGAACCAGUUCCAGCGCUACAGCAUCACGCGGCCGUUCGCCAGGUGGCUCGUGCCGAAGAAGCUGAAGGAGAGCCAGGGGUUCCACAACCAGCUGAGCAUGGACAAGGUCCGGCGGCGCAUGGCGCUGGGCGAGUCGCGGCCGGAUUUCGUGCAGUCAAUGAUGUUGAAGGAGGGCUCGUUGGCCAUGUCCAAGCCGGAAAUCGAACAAACGGCCGAUCUUUUGAUCAUCGCCGGCUCCGAGACCACGGCAUCCGUGCUCUCAGGCGUGACUUUCUUCCUGACGACUCAUCCCGACGCCAUGGCGAAGCUGGCCGAGGAGGUCCGGACGUCUUUCGCCUCGGAGCAGGAGAUCGACGUGCUCAGCGUCCAAAAGCUGCGGUAUAUGCUCGCUGUCCUCGACGAGAGCAUGCGGGUCUACCCGGUCGUGCCCAUAGGCCUCACGCGUGUGGUCAAGCCUGGCGGGGACUACGUAUGCGAGAAGUUCGUGCCAGAAGGCACGAGGGUCAUGGUGUCCCAGUGGCCUAUGUACCACAAUGACGAGCAAUUCGCACAGGCCGACUCCUUCAUCCCGGAGAGGUGGCUUGGAGACCCGCGGUUCGAGAACGACAACAAGGGCGCGCUGCAGCCCUUCUCCUUUGGGCCUCGCAAUUGCAUCGGGCGCAACCUGGCUAUGUCUGAAAUGAGAGUCAUUCUCGCCAGAGUCAUCUGGAACUUCGAGAUGCAGAUCGCGGACGAUAGCAGAGAUUGGACAGAACAGGAGUUGUUUGGCCUCUGGAAGAAGGGCCCUCUGAAUAUCCACUUGAAGCCUCGAGAGAAGUAG